CGUUUCAAUUCGGUGUGUUUUUCAUUGUAAUCGGUGUAUUUGGGUAAAGGGUGAAAAGGGUUACGGUGGUUAUGCGAUCCAUGUCGAUACCGAAAGAGCCAGAGCAAGUGAUGAAGCGGAGAGAUGGAUCGGUUUUGGGGAAGAAGACGAUUUUAAAGAGUGAUCAUUUUCCUGGAUGUCAGAAUAAACGAUUGUCUCCUCAUAUCGAUGGUGCUCCCAAUUAUCGAAAGGCCGACUCUUUGCAUGUUCAUGGUGUUGCUAUUCCAACAGUUGAAGGAAUCCAAAAUGUUCUCGACCAUAUUGGAACUAAACUGAGUGGGAAGAAGACUCACAUUCUCUGGAUUAAUCUUCGCGAGGAACCGGUGCUAUAUAUUAAUGGACGCCCGUUUGUCUUGCGUGAAGUAGAAAGGCCCUUCUCUAAUCUUGAAUAUACGGGAAUUAACAGGACAAGAGUGGAGGAAAUGGAGGAUCGUUUGAAAGAAGAUGUUCUGCAAGAAGCUGCAAGAUACGGAAAUAAGAUCCUUGUAACUGAUGAGCUUCCUGAUGGUCAGAUGGUGGAUCAAUGGGAACCAGUAACAUAUGAUUCUGUGAAAACACCCUUACAGGUGUAUGAGGAGCUGCAAUCAAAAGAGUACCUGGUUGAAUAUGAACGUGUUCCUAUUACUGACGAAAAAUCACCUAAAGAGCUGGAUUUUGAUAUUCUUGUUCAUAGAGUUUCCCAAGCUGAUGUGAAGACCCAGAUUAUUUUUAAUUGCCAAAUGGGACGUGGGAGAACAACGACAGGAAUGGUGAUUGCUACAUUGGUGUACCUUAAUCGUAUCGGGGCUUCUGGAAUUCCGAGGAGCAAUUCCAUUGGUAGAGUUUCUGACUGCAUCUCCAAUCUGAAUGACACAUUAGCAAACUCAGAGGAGGCAAUCCGUAGAGGGGAAUAUACUGUAAUUAGAAGCUUGAUUCGAGUAUUAGAGGGUGGUGUCGAAGGCAAAAGACAAGUGGAUAAGGUCAUAGACAAAUGUUCCUCUAUGCAGAACCUACGUGAAGCUAUUGCCAUAUAUCGCAAUAGCAUUUUGCGCCAACCUGAUGAGAUGAAGAGAGAGGCAGCACUUUCAUUUUUUGUGGAGUACCUAGAAAGAUAUUACUUCCUCAUAUGUUUUGCUGUAUAUCUCUAUACACAACGAGAUGCACUUUUUUCUGGAUCCUCUGCUCAUUGCAGCUUUAGUGAUUGGAUGAAAGCAAGACCGGAGUUAUAUAGUAUAAUCCGCAGGUUGCUAAGGAGAGACCCAAUGGGAGCACUCGGCUAUGUGAGCAUGGAACCUUCUCUUACUAAAUUAGUUGACUCUACUGAUGAUCGCCCUUCUGAGAUGGGGCAAGUAGCUGCUUUGAGGAACGGAGAGGUUCUCGGACCGCAAACUGUUCUUAAGAGUGACCACUGCCCUGGCUGUCAACAUCCUGGCUUGCCAGAAAUAUUAGAAGGUGCUCCUAACUUUAGAGAAAUUCCAGGAUUUCCUGUAUAUGGUGUUGCAAAUCCAACUGUCAGUGGGAUUCGAUCUGUAAUUCAAAGGAUUGGUAGCUCCAAAGGUGGGCGUCCAGUUUUCUGGCACAAUAUGAGAGAAGAACCUGUUAUCUACAUCAACGGAAAACCAUUUGUACUCCGUGAGGUUGAAAGGCCCUAUAAAAAUAUGCUUGAAUACACGGGCAUCGAUCGUGAAAGAGUGGAAAAAAUGGAAGCUAGAUUAAAGGAUGACAUUAUGCGAGAAGCUGAACGUUAUCAAGGAGCAAUAAUGGUUAUUCAUGAAACUGAUGACGGUCAAAUAUUUGAUGCUUGGGAACAUGUGAGCUCUGAUGCAGUUCAAACUCCUGUGGAGGUCUUUAAGUGCUUGGAGGCUGAUGGUUUUCCUAUAAAGUAUGCUCGUGUUCCUAUCACUGAUGGCAAAGCUCCCAGAAGUUCUGACUUCGAUGUAUUGUCUUUUAAUAUAGCAUCUGCUUCCAAGGAUACUGCUUUUGUCUUUAAUUGCCAGAUGGGUAUAGGGAGGACUACUACUGGAACUGUAACUGCAUGCCUUUUGAAAUUACGUAUUGAUCGUGGGAGACCAAUUAGAGUAUUGCAUGAUGCAUCAAAUCCUGAUUUAGGUGGUGAUAUGUCAAGCGGUGAUGAAAGUGAAGGCCAAUCCCAUCCACCUGCAUCUUUAGUAUUAAAAAGUAGACCUCAAACACACACGAAUGAUGCAUUUGGGAUAAAUGACAUCCUGUUGCUCUGGAAAAUAACAAGAUUGUUUGAUAAUGGGGUGGAAUGCCGAGAGGCCUUAGAUGCUAUUAUUGAUCGAUGUUCAGCUCUGCAAAACAUACGCCAAGCAGUCUUGCAAUACAGGAAGUUGUUUAAUCAGCAGCAUAAUGAGCCUAGAGAAAGAAGGGUAGCACUAAAUCGUGGUGCUGAAUACUUGGAACGAUAUUUUCGUUUGAUUGCUUUUGCUGCAUAUCUUGGUAGCAAAGCAUUUGAUGGAUUUUGUGGACAAGGAGAAUCGAGGAUGACAUUCAAAGAUUGGCUGCACCAGAGGCCAGAGGUUCAAGCAAUGAAGUGGUCAAUCAGAUUACGGCCUGGGAGAUUCUUUACCAUCCCUGAGGAACUAAGAGCUCCACAUGAGUCACAACAUGGAGAUGCUGUUAUGGAAGCUAUUGUGAAAGAUCGGAAUGGCUCUGUUCUUGGUAAAGGGUCUAUUCUCAAGAUGUACUUCUUUCCUGGCCAAAGAACUUCCAGUCACAUACAAAUUCAUGGUGCUCCUCAUGUUUACAGGGUUGAUGGAUACCCCAUUUAUAGCAUGGCAACACCUACAAUUGCUGGUGCAAAGGAGAUGUUGACUUACCUUGGUGCAAACCAGACGUCAAAAGAAAGAUUUGCUAAAAGAGUAAUUUUAACUGAUCUGAGAGAAGAGGCUGUUGUUUAUAUUAAUGGAACACCCUUUGUUCUUAGAGAAUUGAACAAGCCUGUUGAAUCCUUGAAGCAUGUUGGAAUCACUGGUUCAUUGGUGGAACACUUGGAGGCACGGUUAAAAGAUGACAUUCAAUGUGAGAUUAGACAAUCUGGUGGUAGGAUGCUUCUGCAUCGUGAAGAGUUUAACCCGACUUCAAAUCAAGUUAGUAUCAUUGGAUAUUGGGAAAACAUAUUUGUCGAUGAUGUUAAGACUCCUGCUGAGGUAUAUGCAAGCCUGAAGUAUGAAGGGUAUGACAUAACCUAUAGGAGGAUACCGUUGACUAGAGAGAAAGAUGCCCUGUCUUCCGAUAUUGAUGCUAUCCAAUACUGUAAAGACGACACUGCAGGAUCUUACCUUUUUGUAUCACACACAGGAUUUGGAGGGAUUGCUUAUGCAAUGGCUAUUAUUUGUUUAAGGCUUGAAGCUGAGGCUAAAUUGUCAUUGGAUAUUCAUCGACCAUUUGAAAGUACUGGUCUUCCUUGUUCACCUCUAGAGAAUUUCAAUGUUCAAAUUUCUGAUGAAGAGGCACGGAAAAUGGGUGACUAUCGGGACAUAUUAAGCCUCACUAGGGUUCUUGUGCACGGCCCCGAGAGCAAGACAGACGUUGAUGCUGUGAUAGAAAGGUGUGCAGGUGCAGGUCAUUUAGGAGAAGAUAUAGUUCAAUAUUCACAGGAGCUGGAAAGGAAAUUAGAUGACGAUGAAGAACGUCGAGCAUAUCUUAUGGAUAUGGGCAUUAGAGCUUUAAGGCGAUAUUUUUUCCUGAUCACAUUUAGAUCCUAUCUCUACAGCAGUUCUCCAGCUGAGUUAACAUUCAAAGAAUGGAUGGAUGCAAGACCUGAACUUGGCCACCUAUGUAAUAACCUUAGAAUCUGACAUAUAGUGAGGAUAGGGGUCAACACAUGGCUCUCUGUGUGCA